AUGUCGAGCAGCGGCCAUUCGGAUGACAACAGCAGUUCGGGCGAUGAGGGCAGCCACCGCAGGGCUGGCGAGCAUGGAGCGCAGGACCUCGAUUCCAUUCGGAAGCGUCUUCGUUCGAUGUACCAGAACGAGGAGGCCAAGCGCAAGUCCCGCCGCGCCGUGCUUCUCGACCAGUCCCUGGCUCCUGCUCGCAGCAUUCGCAAGCCCCCCAUUCGUUCAUCUUCGACAUCCGGCCUGGUCGCUAUGCCGCCAUCGUCGGGGAGGAAGAAGCUGGGGCCAGGCUCGCAGGUGAACGGCGUCGCGAGUGGGUCUGCGAAGAUGGUGGCCGCGGCUGCCCCCGCCUCCAGCCCUGUGCGACGUAGAGUCGGUGGAGGCGCUGCAGCGCCAGCCAAACCACCCGCUUCGGUGCGCGACAGGGUCAACCUCACCCUCAGGAAGAUGAAGGCCAAGGGCGGCGCGCGCCGUUAA